AUGGCCUCGGAUACGCCUGCCCCGUUCAUCCUCCCACCGUAUUUCGGUGUCAACUUUACGCCCACAAUCCAUUCGAAGAUCCCCGCGAACAUUGAUCCCACGAGGAUCAAGCUCCCAUCCCCAUUUAUUGUCGUCGUCACUGGCGCCGGGAAAGGUCUAGGCUACCACAUCUCGCUCGCCUAUGCUAAAGCCGGCGCCUCCGGUAUGUCGAUAUCUUCUCGCACGCAAGCGGACCUUGAUAAGCUGGAAGAGGAGAUCAGAAAGUUCAACCCGAAGAUCGAGGUGCUGAAGAGUAUCUGUGAUACUCAAUCCGAUGAGAGCGUAGCAGCCCUGGAGAAAGACGUACGGAGCAAAUGGGGAAGAGCAGACGCCGUCAUCGCAAACGCAGGCAUCAUCUCCAAAUACGUCGACAGAGCAGAAGGCAACUCAAACCUUCCCGUCGGCCUCGUCGAAGACGACGACUGGUCCCGCGUCCUAGACAUAAACCUCCUCGGUACCUGGCGGAUCUCAAAAGCCUUUCUCCCACUGCUCAUCCAAACUGAAGAUGGGCCCCAAACGCUCAUCUGCAGCACCUCUCUUGCCGCGCACUCCCCCGCCUCCACCAUCUGCCCCAUCGCUUACAACGUGAGCAAAAUCGCGUGCAACAGGCUGAUCGAGCACAUCGCCAACGAUCACGGCCCUAAAGACGGCAUUCAGGCGUACGCGCUACAUCCGGGCGCUGUGCUGACACCGCAGACGCAGGGGCAUAAGGGGGAGGUGUGGGGCCCGCUCCUGAGCGACGAUGAGGGGUUGGCGGGCGCCAUGUGUGUGUGGUUGAGUCGGGAGAAGCGGGGUUGGUUGAGUGGGAGGUAUGUCAGUUGUACAUGGGAUGUGGGCGAGUUGGAGGCGAUGAGGGAUGAGAUUGUGGGAGAGGAUAAGUUGAAGUUUAGGAUGGUUGUGUAG